AUGGCAUGUGCUUUAAUCUCUAUAGCAGUUGGUAUUGGAAUUUUGCUUGUUGCUGCUGAGUUCUUUGUUUUCCAUCGAUCCUCUAAGUGGAAAUCUCAAAUGGGUGGCUGGAGCUCUGUGUUUUUCUAUCCUCUUAGAAUAACUGAGCAUGAUCUGGUUAUGGCAAUGGAUGAGAAAGGUGCUGUAGGAAGCGGUGGAGCAUUUGGCAGAGUAUAUACUAUAAGUUUACCAAGUGGAGAACUGGUUGCUGUAAAGAAGCUAGUCAAUAUUGGGAGCCAAACUUCGAAAGCACUGAAGGCUGAGGUCAGGACAUUAGCCAAGAUCAAGCAUAAGAGCAGAAUUAAAGUUCUUGGAUUUUGCCAUUCAGAUGAAUCAGUUUUUCUAAUUUAUGAGUGCUUGCAAAAGGGAAGCUUGGGGGAUAUGAUUGGAGGAACAGAUUGGCAGUUACAAUGGAGUGUUAGACUGAGGAUUGCCAUUGGGGUUGCUCAAGGAUUGGCAUAUCUUCACAAGGAUUAUGUUCCACAUUUACUUCACAGAAAUGUCAAGUCGAAAAAUAUUCUUCUGGAUACAGAUUUUGAACCAAAGCUCACUGAUUUUGCUCUCGAUCGACUGGUGGGAGAAGCUGCAUUCCGGUCAACAAUUGCUUCAGAAUCUGCAGAUUCUUGUUACAGUGCUCCUGAACUUGGAUACAGUAAGAAAGCAACAGAACAAAUGGAUGUUUACAGCUUUGGUGUUGUGCUACUAGAACUCAUAACUGGCCGUCAAGCUGAGCAAGCUGAACCAGUGGAUUCACUUGAUAUCGUGAAGUGGGUUCGAAGGAAAAUCAACAUAACCAAUGGAGCAAUCCAAGUUCUAGAUUCUAAGAUAUCAAACUCUUACCAACAAGAGAUGCUAGGAGCUCUAGACAUUGCUAUUCGAUGCACGUCUGUAAUCCCAGAGAAACGACCAUCAAUGGUUGAAGUUGUAAGAGGAGUUCUAUCUCUAAGCCCAAAAACUCAACUUCCAGGUUCGGACUUCUCAAUGCAGGAGGAGAAUUCAGUUCCAGUUGAUGAUCUUCAAUUAAAGGGCUUUUAUAGCCGUGCUUGUGUGCGGUGUUUGGUUUUGAGGUCUCUGGCUGGAGCUGCGAUGGUAAUAGUCGAAAGCAGUUUGGAGGCCUCUAGUUGGUGUUUCGACUUUUGGCUCUACGGUUUGGUUUUUGCACAGGUAGCUGUGCUUGGAUGGGCGAUAUUAGUCGUUGACAACGGGCAAGCAAUGGAGGAGGACGGCGAUGGGUGCUCUGUUAAGAGGCUCUACAGUCCUAAGAAGAUAGAUGAAGUGGAGGCCUUUGAUCUUAUGGUUGCAGAGGCAGGAGAUCACCAGGCAAAUAACGAAUAUACAUUGGUUGGGCGACUUUUGACAGAUUGUACUGUUAACUUUAGUGCAAUGCGAUUUGGGAUCGAAUCUUUAUUUGAUUCAAUUUUUCAUCCUGUGGAUCUGCAUCGGGUGAUAGACGGUGGACGUUGGUCAUUCAAUAACCAUUUGUUGGUGACUCACCAUUUGCAACCUCGCGAGGAUCCGUUUAUAGUUGAGUUGAAUGAAGCAUUAUUCUAG